CGCGGCGCGGGCCGGAAGCGGCGCUCGGUGCGGCGGCCGCUCGCUCCGCCAUGUCGCCGGUGCGGGCGGUGCUGGCGCUGCUGGCCGCGCUGGCGGCCCCGGCCGCCGCCUACUUCGUCAGCAUCGACGCGCACGCCGAGGAGUGCUUCCUGGAGCGCGUGCCGUCCGGCACCAAGAUGGGGCUCAUCUUCGAGGUGGCGGAGGGCGGCUUCCUGGACAUCGACGUGGAGAUCACGGGCCCCGACAACAAAGGGAUUUAUAAAGGCGACCGGGAGUCCAGUGGGAAGUACACCUUUGCUGCCCACAUGGACGGCACCUACAAGUUCUGCUUCAGCAACAGGAUGUCCACCAUGACCCCCAAGAUAGUGAUGUUCACCAUCGACAUCGGGGAGGCUCCCAAGGGGCAGGACAUGGAGACAGAAGCUCACCAGAACAAGCUAGAAGAGAUGAUUAACGAGCUGGCAGUGGCCAUGACAGCAGUGAAGCACGAGCAGGAGUACAUGGAGGUCCGUGAGAGAAUACACCGAGCAAUUAAUGACAACACAAACAGCAGAGUGGUUCUUUGGUCAUUCUUUGAAGCCCUUGUACUAGUUGCCAUGACACUGGGACAAAUCUACUACCUGAAGAGGUUUUUUGAAGUGCGAAGGGUGGUGUAAGAUCCUUCUGUGGUCUCAGAUUUCAGUUCACUCUCUACCAAACAUCCUGGUCACGAAAAACAAAAAAAGUCAUUUAGUUUCUGAACCCUCUUUACUGAACUGUAAAACUUCUUUGCUUAUGUUCCUUCCUAGUUAAGAAAAAAAAAAAAGAAUUGUUUUUAUAUAUCUUC